GGCAAGUUUCAGUUUACUUUUACCAUUCGAAUGUGCAGCGGCGUAGCGGCGUUGAGCAUUUAUUAAAGGAGACAAAGAAGUGUAGUGAUUUCUUUUAAGUUGUGUUUUAACUUGCAAAGAACAAAAGAGAAAUUAAUAAAAAUGCAAAAGUUUUUACAAUACGCAACAAUCGUUGGAUUACUCUGCCUCUUCGGCAGCAGAGGAGUUUCGGCACAAAACAAUACUCAAAAUCUAAUUCAGUGUCAGGAUGCAAACAGUUUGAUGAAUUUAACAACAAAUUUUACUGGCUCUUGGUACGAGUCAAGUCGCUCUCCAGCAAGUGCACUAGGUUGUGUGGCUCUCGAUUUAGUUUCGAACGCAACUGGUCUAUAUCUAAAUCUGACAAUGCCGACAAGUGCCAAUGCACUUAACAUUAAUCAAACACUCACCUAUUCAUUGGACUUCCAAGCUCCAAACGUGACAGGCCAGACUUCACCAAUGACUGGUUAUAGUUUCAGUUCGAGCCUUGGAAAUGUAACGGUAAAAGUGUUGUCAACCGAUAACACGAAUUAUGCAAUCAUUUGUGGCUACACAAGUAUUGCUAACAGCUCAUUUGGCGCGAUUCUUACACGCCAACGUCCGGUUUCGAGUGCAACAUUAACCUCAUAUGCCGUUUCGGUUAACAGUACUUAUGCAGAUUUCUCUAAUAUGACCGAUCUUACUCAGAGUAGUGUCUGCUACGAGAGCUCUGCUGCUUCACAUGCCUCUGCUUUAUCGUUCGUUUUUGCAAUUAUUUAUGUUUUAUUUAAGUUUGUUAAUUGAAAAAAA